CUAAGGCAGCUGAUUAAGUCAUUGUUCCACAGCAGAAACAGUUCGCUGUAGUAUUGUUCCAACUUUUCCUGGAACUUUUAUUUUGAAAUGGCAUCAGGAAAAAUAGUUGAAAGUAGUUCCCGCGUUUUUAAGCCGCAGCGUGCUGAGUAGAAUGAGCGGGCCGAGCGUGUCCAGCAUCUGCGGAGAGAAGGCCAGAAAGCCCCCUGUGAAAGUGCUGUCCAGCCAGCUGAGAGAGGCUGAGGGCUGCGCCGCGGGGAGCGGGAAGCCGGAGUGCAGUAUAAAGAGGCUGGGUCUGGGGAAACCCGGCUCCCUGCGGGUGUCGGUGGUUUGGAUGCAGGGGACGGUGGUGGAGGUGCAGCCGGAUCAGAACACGGCGCUGCUGCUGGACGAGACCGGCAACUUCACGGUCAGCGGCGUUAACAGCAUCCCGAAAGGAAAACCCUGCCUCAGCCCUGGUAAAUACGUGAUGGUCAUGGGGGUCAUCCAGUCGCACAGUCCAGAGCCAGUGCUGCGAGCUGUGAAGAUGGCAGAUCUUUCAGACAAAGCAGCGAUUCACAGGAAAAUGUGGAAGUAUGAAGUUGAAGACCUCCAACAAACUUUGCCUUAAACUGCAAUAUUCCACUCUAGUUUAUUGGUGCUACUAGAACAUGUUGUGUAUUCUGUGUUGAGAAAAGUUCUGGAAGAAACAGCAAUAACAGUCUGGAAGAAAGCAGCUCUUUAAUACUUAGUUUAUUCAUCUGUUAAAGCACAUUACAGCUACUAAAACGUGAAGGUAACUUCAUGUAGCUUAAGUAAACUGACAGACAUUCGGUCUGAUGUGUAUAAUAUUUGAGAGAAAAGGUUCCGCUUGUUUCAAGACUACUUAACACUAAUAUAAUUAACAGGUGAGUAACUAAAUAAGGCACUUUCAAGUUUAAUGGCAUGCGUGUCUAAGGGUGGGCGGUAUAAAAUGUUGGUCUCGUUUUGUGUAGUGGUCUCGUUUUCCUGACUAUAACAUGCCUUGUGAAAAGCUUAUAGAGCUUGAGUAGCUGAAUCUGCUGUGUUAAGGAUGAAUACAAGAAAGUGAAUACAUGGAUUACAUGAAAGAACUUUGAUCCGACUGUCUUCUCACAAGUAACGUCAGUAUUAAAAGAAGAGAAAAAGCUGUCCCCACAAGUCUGGGAUUUUUUUUUUUUUUUUU